UUUUCUAAAAUCCAAACACAGCCUUAAACUGUUUCACAGGUCUGGACUCCGAGCCGCAGAGAGAGAGAGAGAGAGAAGCAGAAGAACGCUACCGGUGGUCACCGUACCUCCGGUCACUUUCUCCGAAGAUAAUUCCGUCGCCGGAGACUUCAAAUCCUGGUCAAAUGGCGAUGUACAUUCGUGUCAAGCGUAGCAAGACUACCUACUUUCUGCAGUGUGAUCCAACGGAGACAAUUCUUGACAUUAAGCAGAAGUUGCACCCCCUUAUUGAUCAACCUGCUAAUGAUCAGCGCUUGACUCUUGUGGAAACCGGUGAAGUGUUAGAUGAUUCAAAAACGUUGGCAGAUCAGAAGGUUGAGAAUGAUGCUGUGGUCGCUCUGACCCUGAGAAAAGAUGACAAUGAAUUUGAGGAUGUAAACAUUGUACGGCCAAAUGACUUCUACCAAUCCCGUGAUGCAGAUGGUGCCACAAAUUGGUGAUGCAGAUGGUGCCACAAAUUGGUGAGGCAGAUUGCGUUCGCAACAGUUCUUGUGCAACAAUGAUCUCUGUGACUUCUGGUUGUAUUACCAGUUGUUAGGUUUGUCUUGAAAACAAAGAAAACUGUUUUCUGCAACUUAGAUUAUUUGUCUGUAAGCUAGAAAGUUUUCUUUGUUUAGCUGAGUAAGAUAGAAGUUGAUCUAGAGCAGAGAGUGUCUUUUUUGUGACUUGUCCCGUGUAGUACUUUUGUGACCGUCAAUUGGGAUAAGUUUCCCUCCUAUCAUCUGGGGUAAUAAGAGGGGAUACAUUUUCCCCCAUUUUUUCCUCCAAGCAGGUGAUGUUCUGUUCAAUCUGUCAUUAUAUCCCCUACCCAAAAAUUGGCAAUCAAAAAUCAUUACCAAAAA